UAUUUAUUACACGGCUAGGAUUUUAGGAGAGCCAUACAACAAAUUCCCAACCGUUAGAUUCUCCAAUCUACGUUUCCUGUUAAAAACCCCGUCGCUCGCCGUCCCCUUCCUCCCCGAUCCAAACCCUAGUCCCCGAACUCUGAUCUCUACCAGAGACGGGAGAGCCAUGGCCGCGGUGGUCCCGGAGUCGGUGCUGAAGAAGAGGAAGCGAGAGGAGCAAUGGGCGCUCGCGAAGAAGGGGGCGAACGAUGCGGAGAAGGCGAAGGAGCGGGAGAAGAGGAAGCUUAUCUUUAGCCGGGCUCAACAGUACGCUAAGGAGUACGAAUCGCAGGAGAAGGAGUUGAUCCGGUUGAAGCGAGAGGCGAGGUUGAAGGGUGGAUUCUAUGUUAGCCCCGAGGCGAAGUUGCUCUUCAUCAUUCGUAUUAGAGGUAUCAAUGCCAUGCACCCAAAAACCAGAAAGAUCUUGCAGCUGUUGCGGCUACGACAGAUAUUUAAUGGUGUUUUCCUUAAAGUAAACAAGGCUACAAUGAACAUGUUGCGCCGGGUCGAGCCUUAUGUGACUUAUGGGUAUCCCAACCUGAAGAGUGUUAGGGAGUUGAUCUACAAGAGGGGCUAUGGAAAGCUGAACAAGCAGAGGGUUCCUUUGUCGGAUAAUUCAAUCAUCGAAAAGGGUCUGGGGAACCAUGGUAUUGUUUGCAUUGAGGAUCUUGUUCACGAGAUCAUCACUGUUGGGCCGCACUUCAGAGAGGCAAACAACUUCCUGUGGCCGUUCAAACUCAAAGCACCAUUGGGUGGCUUGAAGAAGAAGAGGAACCAUUACGUCGAGGGCGGCGAUGCCGGAAACCGCGAGGAUUACAUCAAUGAGCUUAUUAGAAGGAUGAACUAGAGUCUUGAUGUUCACUUAAUCUCUUUUCUUAAGGUAGGAAGUUUUUUUUUCCUGAAAUUAAGUGGACUUACAUCUUAGCAAGUGAAGAACCUUGAAUGCUCUGAAAUUUUGGUGGUAAGAAUCAAGUGUAACGCGAAUGCUUUGCAAUUUCACUAUUUCUUAUCAAGAGUUGAACAAAUCUCAGUUGCCAAGUUUGUUUUCGUGUUCAUUUUGGUGAUAGAGCUCCUUUCGACUUGAUGCUA